GUGAGUCAAAAUGUCAUUACAAAAGUGAACUGUUGACAGCCAACCUGCCUGAGAGUGCAUGCAGUGCGGCACAUCCCACUCGCAGCGCCCGCCCCCCUGCGAGUCCCCAGUGUGUUUAGCGAUUAGCUUGCUAGCCAUCAUCAAUAAUGUGUGCCAUUAAACAGAGUAACAUACUCACCACUAGUGUCACUGACGCACGUCUUCUCCAAUGCAUCCAUUUCCACGCUGUCGUUCCUUUUGGCCCGCGUCCGCAGGCCUUUUCGACUUUUGACGGAGUUCUCCAUGUUAAGUUAAAACACUGCUGCACAAUUCCUCUGUCUCCCGUUGAUGACGUUUGAAAGCGCGCGUUUUCCUUUGUCCCAUACUGAUUACGUAUGAAAGCGGGAGCUUAAUUUCUCACGCCCAUCACAAACUAGCUGUCACUCUACAACAUAGACUGUAUAAAAACAGCUCUACAAUCACCGCUAUCUAAAGUAAUUGUUUAAUAAAAAAAUUAAAAAAUGAAAUUUACCCAGCUAAAGAAGAUCAUUAAUGAGCCAAGCUCUAUAAAGAAAACCCUGAAGCUUAUUAAGUGGCUUCAGAGAAGGAAACUGCUAAAAACAAAAAUUAAAUGCAGAAUAUGCCAUCGGAAGAUGAAAAUGAAGAAAAGGACGAACAGUGGAGAUCAAUAUGCUUGGAUUUGUCGACAAAUUGCACAUGGGGGAAGGGCAAGACAAAUUUCUCUCAGGCACAAAUCAAUCUUCAGUGGAUCAAAGGUCUCCUUCAGCAAGUGGAUGCAGUUCAUGUACAGGUUUUCUCAGGGUCUACGGUUACGCCAGAUAGACAUGAUGGAUGACUGCAUUGCAGGUAGUUCAGCUACUCUUAGUAAAAUGGCAAAGAAAACAAGGGAGGUCUGUGUCACAGCAGUUGAAAGGAUGAGACGGCGUACAGGCCAGCAACUUGGUGGAAGAAGAGAGUUCGUUGUGAUCGACGAAAGCCAUUUUCGGCACAAAAGAAAGUAUGGUAGAGGAAGAAUGGCUGGUGGGUGGAAAAGAAAGAAGUGGGUCUUUGGGAUGUUAGGUGUGAGGCAUCAACAGCAGCAAAGAUCUGGAAAACCUAUUCUACGUCUUCUGGAGAGAAGAUCGCGAAGACAUCUAGUGCCCUUGAUUGCGCAUCAUGUGAGGCCUGGGUCAUCAAUUAUCAGUGACGAGUGGCGUGCCUAUUGCAUACUCCCCACACUAGGGUACAACCAUCACACUGUCAACCACAGCAGGUGGUAUGUAGAUCCCCACACUGGUGCCCAUACCCAACAUAUUGAGAGGGCCUGGAGAUCCUACAAGGAGCAGAUCUGGAGGCUUAGGGGAAAUCGGACAGAGAGUUUGCUUUCUGACCACCUUGCAGUGAUUGAGUGGAAUGAAUGGCUGGCAAAGAAACACUCUGAUGGUGCAUUUGGCAGACAGAUUCAUGACAUUUCAAGAAAGUACAAGUAGUGAAAUGUAGAAUUUAUUUUAUUUUAUUUAUUUUGUGUUUUUAUUAAGUUUUUGUGUGGAAUUUUUGGCACUUAGAGAAAAUCAAAUUUAAAAUUUCAUGGCUCAGUUUCAUGGCUGUGUUAA